AUGAGUUUUCAAAGGGGCCGGAAAGAUGGCAAUUCGUUCACAAAGAAUCUCCCAUUUGGAUUGAAUUAUAGCGAUGUUGGGGCCACGGAAAGCGGGGAACUUCCGUCUAUACCAAUGCCCGUGAACGGUCUCAUCAUGCCCCGGGAACGUGCAACAGCAAUUCAAUACAUGAACCUUGUCACAGCGGUGCGGGAAGGCCCAUUUUACACAGGGUCCAUGCACCUUUCUGUAGAUGGACAGGGCAAAGACCGGAAACUUGUGGAUGAAGACGGUAUAAAUGACGGUGUGGAGCGUUAUUCGGAUAGGUAUCUGAAAAAGCGACGUAUUGGGGUCUCGAUAGACGAGCAUCCCUUCCAUCUGGAGUUUUUCCCAGAUGAGCUUUUCCAAGUGAUGGGUAUCAAUAAGAAAAAACUACUAGCGAUUUCGCAGCUCAACAAGCGCACAGACGUUUUCACAGGUUCUGGGGGUCCAGAUGAAGAUGCAGUUGGUUUGUCGAUGCUUGAAAAACUCAAAAAUCUAGCAGACGACGAAGACGACACUGCAAAUGUAGAGAAUAAGGAAGAACCUGAGGAUGUGGAUGACGAAUUUGACAGUGACGAGGACGAAGAUUACAACGCCGAAAAGUACUUCGACGAUGGAGACGACGAUGCGGGCGAAGAAGAUGAUUAUGGUGACGAGCCAGCAUUUUAG